AUGCCAGGAGAAAAAGUAACAGGCAAGAAGGUUAAGCUUUCAGCUUUAUGUGAACUUUGUAAUGGUCGUAAGGCAGUAAUGAAAAGACCUAAAAAUCUUCAAAAAUUAUGCAAAGAAUGUUUCUAUAAUGUUUUUGAAACUGAAAUACACAAUACUAUAACUAACGCUAACUUGUUCCGGCCUGGAGAUAAGGUUGCGAUAGGUGCAUCGGGAGGAAAAGACUCCACGGUUCUAGCAUCUGUUUUAAAGACUUUGAAUGAAAGAUACGACUAUCAGUUAGAACUUGUUCUUUUAUCUAUUGAUGAGGGUAUCAAAGGUUACAGAGAUGACUCGUUGGCUACAGUUAAAAGGAAUCAAGCACAGUAUGGUAUGCCUUUAGAAAUUAUAUCCUAUAAAGAUUUAUAUAAUUGGUCCAUGGAUGAGAUUGUUUCGUGUGCUGGUAUUAGAUCCUCAUGUACAUAUUGUGGUGUUUUAAGAAGACAAGCAUUGGACAGAGGUGCAGCUAAGUUGGGAAUAAAUCAUGUUGUUACUGGUCAUAAUGCAGAUGAUAUGGCGGAAACAGUUUUGAUGAACUUAUUACGUGGUGAUACAGCAAGAUUAGAAAAGUCAUGUACCAUAUUGACUCAGUCAGCGGGCUCUCCCAUUAAGAGAUCGAAACCAUUUAAAUAUUCAUACCAAAAGGAGAUUGUUUUAUACGCCCAUUAUAAGAAAUUAGAUUAUUUCUCAACUGAAUGUUCUUAUGCACCAGAGGCUUUUAGAGGCACAGCAAGGGAGUUGUUAAAAUCAUUAGAAGCGAUAAGGCCUUCUUGUAUUAUGGAUAUUAUCUAUAGUGGUGAGCAUUUGGCCUUAGCGCCUAAAAAGAAAAGGCCAACUCAACAAUAUAAAAACAAGAAAAAGUCUCAAAUCAAUGAUGAGAAAGAGGUCAAUUCUGAUGGAUCAAUAUCACUUGGUGGAAGAGAAUUCAAGGACGGUAAUAGAUGUGAAAAUUGUGGGUAUUUAACUUCAAACAAAAUUUGCAAAGCUUGUGUAUUAUUAGCAGGACUAGAAAUGAAUAGAGCAAAAGUUAGUGUUGACAAUAACACUGCAGUGGAUGGUGCAGCAAAGUUAACAAAGACCUUAGAACAGUUGAGUUUCUGA